UCAAUGUGUGCCUUGAGUGGCGAAGGGCUCAUUCCCAAGAAAAUUCCACGUGAGCGGUAAUCUUCUCAAGUGGAACACUGCUGCCCAUGUUACCAACAGGCUACCUCCCGUUACUUGUCAACAAGGGAACAAAGUGGUAUGUAAUAAUCCUCUCCACCUCACCCCUCUACAUGGACCACCCCUUAUUGCAAUACAACAAGCAGAUUUUAGCAAACAGCAAAGUUCUGAAAUUUGGAGACCUCUUCACAAUUUUCUUUCUGGAAAAUAUUUUGUUGUUACCUUAUUUCACUUUGUGAAUGAUAUUUCCGAGAAUGGGAAGUAAUGCUGGACUCAAUGUUUCAAAUGACGAUAUACCUUAUGGAGGAAAAAGUUCCUUUUCCCAACUGGAGCACAACAUAGUGGCUGCAUAUCUUAUAACUGCAGGUAUCAUCAGUCUACUGAGCAACAUUGUCGUUCUUCUAAUGUUUGUUAAGUUUAAGGAGCUCCGCACUGCUACCAAUUUUAUCAUCAUCAACUUGGCCUUUACUGACAUUGGGGUAGCAGGCAUUGGCUACCCUAUGUCAGCUGCCUCCGAUAUCCACGGAAACUGGAAAUUUGGCUCCACUGGUUGUCAGAUUUAUGCAGCUCUCAACAUCUUCUUUGGCAUGGCUAGCAUUGGCCUGUUGACUGUGGUGGCCAUAGACCGAUACCUCACAAUUUGCAGGCCUGACAUAGGGCAGAAAAUGACAGUGCGUUCAUACAAUCUUCUGAUUCUGGCAGCAUGGCUUAAUGCUUUGUUCUGGUCCACCAUGCCUAUCGUGGGCUGGGCUGGCUAUGCCCCAGACCCAACUGGAGCUACAUGCACCAUUAACUGGCGGCAGAAUGACGCAUCCUUCAUUUCUUACACUAUGAUGGUGAUUGCUGUCAACUUUGUCGUCCCUCUGUCCAUCAUGUUUUACUGCUACUACAAUGUGUCUGUCACAGUGAACAGAUACAAAGCAAGCAACUCUCUGGAUAACAUUAAUAUUGACUGGUCGGAUCAGAUGGAUGUAACAAAGAUGUCCAUUGUGAUGAUCCUAAUGUUUCUUGUGGCCUGGUCUCCAUACUCCAUCGUGUGUCUCUGGGCAUCCUUUGGUGAUCCCAGAACAAUCCCUGCACCCAUGGCUAUCAUCGCCCCUCUCUUUGCGAAGUCCUCCACUUUUUACAACCCCUGCAUUUAUGUAAUUGCGAACAAAAAAUUCCGAAGAGCCAUUCUCGGAAUGAUCCAGUGUCAAACCAGACAAAGAAUCACCAUCAAUAGUCAGGUUCCUAUGACAACUUCUCAACAACAUCUGGCCCAGUGAGAUGACCUCUUCAGUGUCACAAUUUUUCAAUUCAGUGCAUGUGUACAAUUCAGUGCAUAAAUAUAUAAAAAUGGCAUAGAAUA